GCUAUCCAAGAGCAAAUGACAAUACACGGCCAGGAGCCGGUCAGUUUUGAAGAUGUGAAAGAUGAGAUAUUUGACAUGGUGAAACCUGCGGAUCCCUGCAAAAUCACGUUGCAAGAUCUCUUAUCUUGUGGUCAAGGUGACACUAUGGUCAGCAUUCUAAUAGAAUUUCAUGGUUUUUGGGCAUAUGAAAAUCGUGAGGCAAUGGCAGCUGAUACUGGAGACGAAUCAUCUCGUGUUUAAUUCGAAGAUUAAAAGCUGAUGGGUCAAACAACAUUUCAAAAACUAAUAUGCACAGAAGAGCAGCGAUUCUAUUGUCAAACCUUGGAAAGGGCAGUUAAUUCACUAAUGCCCUUCACUGUUCAUCCAUUCUGUAAACUAAUAAUUCCGAAUGAGGGGGAAGAUUCCUUAUUUUGUAAUCGCGAAUUUGUAUUUAUAGAGACUGAUAUAGAAUAACCGUAUUGAAUUUUGAUUUACUUCUGAUUAUAAGAAAAAUAUUACUUACAAUAAACCGUCAGAUUACUGUAGUUGAAAACGUUUCGUUAUUACCAUGAAAAUAAAAAAGAUGAUUUUUUAUAUCGA